AUGGCAGGCUUCAGUCGUUCGUUUAAGCCAUCUUCGUAUCUUUCUUCUAUGAAAAGACGACCACCUCCACCUCCAAGAAAUAUGUCAAGCUCCUCCGAAGCAUCGCCGCUCUCAUCACCCGACAUUCGGCAAGACGAUAUUAUCUUCUCUACGAGACCCUCACCGAGAAUCUCACCAGAAUCGUCAAUGGAUAAUCCAUCGCAUAAGCAAUCCGGAGCUUCUCCAAAGCUAAGACCGAGUAGCGGAAAAAAAGACCCGAUUCUCUUCGACGGUCUUAUAUCAACGCCUGCAAGAACCAGACCGAUUGCUAUUGAGUUACCUGCUACAAAGAAAGUUAAUAGUGCUCCUGUUUACACUCCACCCGCACCGCUUUCAGCUCGUGGUGAUCUUCCUGGUGGUUAUUUCCCCUUACACGAAGACCAAGCUCGUGUCUACCGCCCUCACCCCUUUCAGAUUGAGACUUCCCAAGCCCGUAUGAAAUCCAUCGAAUGUGCAAGCCAGUCAGACUUCCCUGGCCCCGACAAAGGCACUUCCUUUAAAGCACCGACGGGAGGAGCUAUGUAUUCUACCACGGCCCCCAAAGCUAUCAUGCCAGAACGAUCUACGAUGCUCGCGCCACCUGGUGCUACGAGCAUGCCAGAACCCGACUUCGAUUCCAGGUCCAAUACCCCUGUUGCUAGCUACAUACCAACAGGGACUACGGACAGCCCUCUACCUAUGGGCAAGUAUUAUCCUUCCAACUAUGUGAAAAGAAAAGAAGAAAAGAGAAGUCGGCAGCAAAGCCGACCACCGACGUCGGCUCCCUUGCCCCCGAUGGUGUCUAAGUCGGAGUCACUUGUACCUACCAUCAGAGAUUCUUCCGCGAUGGGUCAUUCGCGGAAUGAGUCCGAUGCGAAACGUAGAUUACAGCAAUACCAACGCGAUAUGAUUGCCCAAGCGACGCUUGCUCUUAAUGGUGGAAAUGUCAGCGCGGCGACGUUAAACUCAUUGAGGACGAUCGGGUUUACAAGCAUGCCCGGGCCGGGUAAGCCGAGAUUGGCACCUUUGGGAUCUCCGGGGCCUGUAACGCCUAUGGAACUUGAAAAUUCGCAAGAAGGUUAUUUGGGGGCGGGGGGAGCUGCCAAUAUCCAAGUUGAAGAGAUCGCCCGGGCUAUCAGAGCUGAAGAGGAGCGCAAAAGACGAGAGGGUACGACAUCGCCAACUGUUGAGCUGGGUCCCAGUACGUUUUAA